AUGCAUUUGGCUAGUUCAAUAGCAAAGCAAAAAAGAAAUUGUACACUGGCAGAAAGUCCUGCUAUGAAAGAAUUUUGUCAAAAGAACUGUACAGAAAAGACUGAAGCUCCUGAAAGCACAACAGAAAACCUAGCUCGUCCUAGUCCAGUAUCUGUCCUUGAAGUGUUCUUUGAUGAGGAUAUCAAUAUACCUCAAGGGACAGGAAUUGACUAUACUGAGUUGCUAGCAGAACCUCGGAGGCUUUCUUUCGAAGAAACUGAAGAUUCUCAUCUAAUUCUAACCUCAAAAGUAGCUGCAGAGGCUAAGGAAACAAAGUUGAAGUAUGUAAGAAGUGUAUUAGAAGCCUCAGGCUUAAACAACCACAAGCUACCAGAGAGAUGGAAAUCAACAGAUCAGUUACUGGAUCCAUUUGUACUCGAUGAAGUAGAAAUCUUAUAUAAUCAACUGAUCGAUGACUCUAAGCUCCUCUUCGAUUGCAUUAACGAAGUUCUUCUACAAAUAUGUGACAUAUAUUUUAGUUGUACUCCUUGGAUAUAUUCUAUCAAGCCUCAGAUAUUAUCGGUCCCAACAGGAUAA